AUGCUUAUCAGAUGCAGCCUGAUCAUUCAACCCGGGUGCCUGAAAAGAAAGGGCAAAACACACGGUUUGCCGAAAAUCAAGGAGAAAGCGGAGCGGAGUGGGCAGGGAGGUAGCAGCUCUGGGCCGCUGAGCACUCGGUUAAGAGGUACAGGAGAGAAAAGCCUGCAAGAAAAUAGCACUAGUGCAGAGGCCCAGGAUGAGAAGAUCGCUCCACUGAAUGAGUCGGAGACAUAUUAUCUCCAGGUUGACAGUAGUUCAUCAAAUAGUGAACUAACAUCAGGACUAAGUUUGCAGCAUGAUAUUUCUAGCUCUCUUCUAAGUUAUUCAAUCACAGACUCUUAUACAGAAAACAAGAGUUUUGAAGAGAGUUUAAGUAGCCUCCCAUCACCUGAAAUCUUCAGAGGAUCAGAUUAUUGUUUAGAUAGGGAGUAUCCCAAGUUGGAAGAAAACCUGCUAUGUAAGAAUUCCACUCUUUUGGAUACCAGUAAAGCAGUAGCAAUAGAGAAGGCACCACAGUUUCCUGACCUCUCUGCAAUUUUAGGUACCUCUUCAGAAGACUAUCAGAAAUGCCAUAGAAAAACAAUGAUGAUGUUAACAGACCAAAAUACUUCUCCAAAACCAAAGAGUACUUCAAAUUCAGAAUCAGAUAAUGCAGAUUGUGAAGUUUUGCUUACUGGGAAAAUUUAUCCUUCAAUCCCUGAAAAAACAGAGAAAAAAGACACAAAGCCCAGUACUUCUGAUAAGAAAAGCAGAGGCCUGUUAACAAGUACUCCAUCUUCGCAAACAGCUGGUUUAGUGAUUGAUUUGUCCUCAGUGCAGAAAGCAUCUUCUGAAGAACUAUUUCCAAAUGUCAGCAAUUACGUUAACUCAAAUGAAAUCGUUCCUGUGUCAAGUGUGCAAGAAAAUCCUUCAAAUGAGGUUCCUUCAGAUACAUCAGAAAUAUGUUGUAUUAUUAAAGCGUCACCAGGAACUAGACAAUUGGAAACUAAAGGUGUCAUUGUAAAGAAGCACAAAUACUCUCCUCCUAAAGAUACUCCUCCAGGUACUGUAGUGUGAAUGCAGAGCCUAAUUUUUGGAAGAUACGAAACA